AUGGGAGAGAUUACUAUUCAGUGUAGCAAAUGCUACAAUCAAAGAAUUCCUGGGAUUCCUGGAGACAUUAAGAAUUGUUCAUCUCCCCCCAAAUCUGCCUUUGCAGUGAAGGUGAGUGAUCUCCUCCCAGCCCCCUCUCAGCCCAUUGUCUUCAAGGAAGCCCUGCAUAAGGACCAGGACCGCUUCAAUCUUACCACUGGAGUGUUCACCUGCACCGUCCCAGGCGUGUACCACUUUGGCUUUGACAUUGAGCUGUUCCAGCAUGCUAUGAAGUUAGGGCUCAUGAAGAGUGGCACCCAAGUCCUGGAGAAGGAAGCCCAGGCCAAGGACAAUUAUAGGCAUGUUUCUGGAAAUGUCAUCUUGCAGCUGACGAUGGGAGACAGAGUCUGGCUGGAAUCCAAGCUAGACACAGCAGAGAGUGAGAAAGGACUGAUUGAAAGUAUGUUCUUUGGGUAUUUGCUCUAUGGAAAUUAUACUGGCUAAGGGGUAACAGCACACUUAAAUUCCUCAAGUGGUCCUAAAUUUCACAGCAAACUUCCCUUCCCCCCUGGAUAUUUUUCAGUGACCGUUGAAUGAAUAACAUUAAGAAUGCCAAUUUACCUAUGUCAAAGUAACCCUAAAAAACAGUCAAGAUUAAUUAUCCAUUAAUUAGUCAACAGUUUCUUAUUGAAAGCCAAUCAAAUUUCAUGUAUUCUGCUAUAUCCAAGGAACUUCAGGGAGAGCGUAUGUCAGGAAAUCAGAGCUGGUGGAGGCUGGGGGAACCAGGAAAGUCCUCAUGCCUUUUCUUGAGUAUGUGUGAACAUUUUUCACCAGAGGAAAAAAUAGUCUUGAUCACAGCCCCCAACACCACUUCAAUUUCACAAUUUAUAGUAUAGCUAGGAAAGCAAAAAUCCCUGAGAGAUGAAGAAAAUUUGCUUAAAGUCACACUAAGCAGUGAAUACAAACUACCAAGUACAUAUUUUGCAUUUGAUGCAUAGUGCGUACGUUGAUGAUGGUUUGAUCAAGGAACGAGGGUACGGAUUGAGGGAACAAUUUCUGCUGCUUAAUACUUUGCAGAAAGAGAAAAACAAAUAUCGUAUACUAACGCAUACAGGUAGAACCUAGAAAAAUGGUACAGAUGAAC